CCCCCGCCCACCAAGUUGCUGGGUACCAGCCGCCCCCGGGGCAGGGCCGCCUCACUCAUCCUUCCAGCCCCUUCUCAGGUGUCCCCGGAGCACAGAGUGGAAGACCCCCCGGAGAGCAGCGGCGUGUCUGAAGCCCCGGGCAGCAGCCAGGAGAGGCCGGAGAGGCGGUCGGUCAUCUUGUACGACUGCUCGGAGGAGGAGCUGAUGGCCAGCAUCGAGCAGGAGUACUGCCACUGAGGCCCCGCCGGACCGGCUCCGGGAGCCUGGGCUGGGGGUGCACCCUGCCCCUCCCGGGCCGAGCUGGAGCUGAGCUGCUGCCCACAGGCAGCUACGCACGGACCUUCAAACUGUUUCCCACCCACAUCAGAGGGUCCGGAGCUCGCCAGCCGCCGGCCUGCGUGCUGCCGCCAGGAGGUGGUCAUGGGGCGGCCGGCCGGAGGGAGUCACCUGAGUUCUGCAGGUGAAUGUCGUGGAGAUGAAAUGCAGAUUCUGACUCGGUGGGGCCGUGGGGGCCUCCGAGCCCGCAUUUCUAACAGGCUCCCAGGUGAGACCACCUGCGGGCUCCCAGCCUCCCCUGAGGAGCAGGACUGAUGGAGCCUGUGCAGGAGCUGCCUCCCAAAGGGAUCCCGCCCGCUGGGCCUCAGGGAGUCCUGGAG